AUCAGCUGAUUCAUAUGGGCCAGAUGGGGCUACUGGUAGACUCAGAAGGCUGUUAUCAUCCAUCCUAAUGGUUAACCACCAUUUCAAAUACAAGAGAAGACUCCAGAUCCAGUCCCAGAGGAAUCCAGCUCAUCGGUGAUCGAACGUCUACAAGAUAACGUGGUGACGUUACGCUUUUUCCCGCUUGAUAUUUUCACUCCCGCAUCCUAUUUCACUUACUUUCAGAUAUGGGAAAAGCAGUUCAGGGCGUACGCUUCAGGAGCGUUAAGAUUAAGGUGCUGAGGAGGUCUAUCACUGGCCCUGCAAAGGUUUCUUACCUAUAUCAAGGUCUCCCCGAGCCCAACUGCAAACUGACCCCCCCUUCAGACCCUCACAAGUCUAUUACACCUCAACAGGCUGAACCUGAUGAUGUGGUACCGAGCUGCAGCUCAUGUUCUGAGACUGCGUACAGUAAGGCAAAGAAGAGAGAGCUUCAUGCCUGGGAUGCAGUUAAGGAUGACAUGCUUAAGGUGUCAUUUGAAGGUUCAGCACCAAUCACUACCCAGUGUGUUGUCUGCCAAGAACAUGGAGAUUAUAGGUGUGUUGAGUGCAGCACCACUGCAGUGUUUUGUGAGGCUUGUCUGAAUUCACUGCACCUUCCUGAUAAGUGGAACAAUGCUUACUAUGAGCCAUCCACCCUGAGGUUAUUCCUAUAUUUACCUGAAGGCCAUGGCACCCAUGCAUUCUACAAAAAGGGCAUGAAGGUCAUUGUCAGCACAGGACGGCUCUGCACCGUCACAGUCAAUAUGUGUACGUGUGAAACAGAAACGUGCACUCUGCUAAGGUAUGGGCUCUGGCUAGCAACAGCCGACAAGCAUCAGACAGCCUUCUCCAUCCCUCUGCUAGAGCUUUUUGUUUGUCUGUCACUGGAGUGUCAGGUUUCUGUUGAUGGUUUUUGCAACACCCUGCGCUGGAAAAAUAACCUUACACUUGCAGGGGUAAGCCAGUUUGUAGAGGUUAACGCAAUCUACAGAGCCCUGGUGGGAGAAUCCAUAUCUCAUUUUAGGCAUCACCACUUCCGAAAAAUAAGUUUGGUAGAUGUUUGCCCACAAUUAGGUGAUGGGACCACAUGUCCAGCAUGUCCAAAGGCGGAUGGAGAUGUGAUAGUGACAUUGGAUGCCAACUUUGGCCUUGUGAGAAAGCAAAGCUCAGGGACAAGUGCGGUUGAGCCAUUACAUGGAACCCGCAUGUUUGUUAGUGAAAAGGAUGUAGAGGAAUACCUGCUUUCACAUCUUGACAGCUCAAAGCCUCACGAGGACUGCAGUAACUUCAAGGCUGGCAACGUGCUGAGGUCACCGCAACAAGCUAAGAAACUUGAUGUUACAGGAGUGUUUGGAGCCUCCUGUCGUCAUGAAAUGCCCCUAAUGUUUGUCAACAUGAGCCAAGGAGAACGGCAAGUCUAUGCCACAGUAGUGAUAAUUCUCCUGUUUUAUUCUACUUAUUCAAAAACAUUUUUGAAUAGCUUGACCCUAGCAUUAGCCAUAUUUUAAUUUUAUAUGUCACCAAAUAUGAACCUCACAGAAUGUAAAUGGGGGAUUCCAAAAUAUUACAAAAUUUGAACUUUACCACCAUUGUAUAAUCUUCACUUAUCUAAGAAAAAGGGUUUGGUUAAUUUUGAGUGCCCCUAUUGAGUAUGUAGGUAUUGAAUUUGAUGCUGGAGAUUAUGUAUAUAUAAUAAUGUAAUACGUUCGAUAAGUGUAGGGAAGAAAGGAGUCAGGGUCGGCGUGGCUGGGAAAACGAUAAGUAUUUUAUUCAAAUAAUAGUUCCGGGUUUCACACAUCCGGUGUUCAAAAUAAAAGUCCCGCUCGAUCCUUCCGGAUCUAAGAAUCUCUCGUCUCUCUGUUUCCUCUGGAUACAGCGUCUCUGUAGCUCUGGCACUCGUUUUCCCAGCCGGUCUCUCUCUCUACCUCCAGAUCUGCCUUUCGCUUUUAAAGCGUCUCCUCGCCAAUUACUAGAAUGAGAAGCAGGUGUUUUCACUAAAACGUUGAUCUGCCUACUCACCGUCUUUCUCCCGACACUCCCCCUCUUCACAGACCGUGCUGAACCACGCCCACCUCGCCACAAAUAACAUACAAUAAAUUUACAUUGAGCUGAUAUAUCAGCACUGUUAAUUAUUUCCCUGUUAAAUAACAGGAAAUUACUGGCAGCAGGGUUACCAUUAUUUUCCUGCUAUUUGAACAGUUAAUUCCUGUUAAUGUUUUUUUACAGUGCACUCCCCGUAAUGUUUUUCUACAGGAAUUUACUGUGAAUCACAGAAAAAACAGGAAACAACUGGCAGCAGUGUUACCAUUAUUUUCCUGUUAAAUCACCAUUUAUUUUGUUUCCAAUAAAUAUUGUUAAUUAGGGUUAGCAUAGUAACGUGUACUGAUUGUUAUAGACAUAUUCUAGCUAGAGUUAAUACAAAAGGCAUAAUCCUUCAGGUAACACUUAAGUGAAAGAAAACUAAUAGUUCCGUGUUGAAAUUAACUUUUUUUUAUUGUAAUACAAACACUGAAAGAUAAAUACUUACAAAUGUAGGCACACAUGGAUCAGACCAAUCACAAACAUAUACUGUAUAUCAUGUUCAUUGCCGACAUCUGUGGUCACUGGACGGAAAAUAACAACUGCGUCUGUCUUAAACUAGCAAAGACACUUGCGUUUGGCUUUGCGCUGCGUUGGUGCAAGAUAGGGCCCAAAACCUCAACAUUUAAUGUUCCUUGAACUGCUAAAAUUCAUUUAAAAAGACUCAAAGGAUAUACACUGUGACUCCUGGUCACAUAAAAAUGUUACACAUAGGCUCAGAUUAAUCACAAACAAAUUUCGUUUUCUCAUGUUCAUGGUUUAAAAAGUAACAAAUACAUUUUUAAACCCAAAUACAUUUUUCAUUAUAACAAAAUACUGAACUUCAUAUGCAGUGUUACCUAAACCACUAAAAUUCAACAUGUAUGAAUACAUUCAAACCAAUAGUUAACACUUAAUGGAACUCUUCAUCAAUAAAGAGCAAUAAACAAUAAAAACACUGUCACUGCUUAGACCACAAACCAUUUACUCAAAGCACAC